AUGUCCUCUUCUACCGAUACCCCUUCUUCUGACACCCCCUCCGCUGACACCAUCGAUCUAUGGGCGUACAUGCCCUGCAAGAAUGCUCACGGGUCACGAGCUCGCCGAUACAUCACCGCGCGCGACGAGAUCGUCUGGAAAUUCUUCGAUCUCCACGAGGAGGAGCCUACUCUGAAGUCCGACGACACGGGUAUUCUCCUACCCGUUAAGAUCCGGGCUAAUAUUCCGAAGACAGGCUGGAAGGAUGCGGUAAAGGAAUCAGCGUACAAACAUGUUGAUGGAGUCGUCCAGAAGGAGUUGAAUCAGAAGGAUGGGGUGGCUAAGUGGCUGAAGAAGGAGUUGGAAAAGCAGUCGAAGAAGGAGUAG